CGGGAGAAAACCACGGGCCUUUUUUGGCGGUACCUUGCCAACAGGGGAUUUUUAUUGAUAUCGGGGGUGUGUACACGGUACAAGAAUCGGGCUCGGAAGCCAUUAAUGGAAGCUUAAAAGCUUAUUGAAGAACAAAAACUAUAAAAUGCUAGAGAGAGAAAGUAUAGUGGGCAGGGGAGAAAGUGAUUUGGCCUCCCCUUCACAUUGGGGGCACCCCUCCUUUUAUAGGAGGGGGGAGCAUAUUCGGAGGAAUAUUCUCUUAUUCCUCUAUUUUAUUAAACAGCCCCGGUUUGACUGUUCUUCGUAAAAUAAUUGGGAAAUGUGGGCCGUGCCACGUAUUAUUUCCCAUCAAUAAGUCCUCCACUUUUUUAAGUUGUGAGAAUCAUCAACUUGAAAAAGUAAACAAGUCCUCCGAGUGCUAUCUUCAAUCUUCGUACUUUGGAUUCUUGACCGGUUGAUAUUGUUGCUAGUCCUCCGAGUCUUCAUUAGUUCUCCAAUUUCUUGAAUCAGAAGGUUUUCCUGUAAAAAUAAAAUGUACAACAUUUUUUUUUGACCGGCCUAUGCCGUGCUCAAAUAAUUAUUAUCUUUACCGAAGAGCUCGGUGUUAGAGUGAUUAAACUUCGCGCGAAUAAUUAUUGUAACAAGAGCGAUGUCAGUUCGAUAAAGCAGCGAUGCUUCGAGUAGUUAUACGACACCGGAGUUAGUACGAUGAAGCGGCGGUGCUUCAAGUAGUUAUUUCGUUGAGACCGAUGUUAGUACGAACUAAGUAUACGAUGCAUGACGAAAUUAGUAUACAGACGAUGCAUGAUGAAUCCGAUGCAGUAGCUUUGUUGAAGAUCAGCGUUAGCCCGGCUGACUGAUGUAAAUAUCUUCAUGUCUCGCGGAGACCAUCUUCGAUCAAAGUGCCUCGAAUAGAGGGCUUAAAUGAAUCGGGCGUCCCCGAUAUGAGCUUUGCUCACUUUUUUGCUGAAACCGAUGUGCAAUCGGUGUACCCAAUUCGAUUGGGCUCAGGCUUAUUGGAAAAUAUGUGUAAGACUGGUGUGAGACCAGUGUACCAGUUCGACUGGGUCACAUAUUUUCUUUAUUAUACUGAGCAAGACCGGUGUAGUAACCAGCGUGCCAGGCCAGGCCUGUGUCUCAGUCUUCCAAUAAGAUAAUGCUGCUGGCCGGGCCAGAUCAACAUUGGAGAAUUAACCAUGUCGGAUGGUUUCGAGCCCUCUCCAAGGCCCAAAAUGCACCCUUCUUCCAGGGCCCCCUCUUCCGGGUGAUUAAGUCUUUUAAUGGCCCUUUGAUAUUUACUAUCCCGGGAAGGCCUUAGCUCACCCCCC